CAGAAUCAGAGUCAGUGGACGAAGGAGGAGCAUGAUCGGUUUCUACAGGCGUUGAAGAAAUAUCUUCCAUCUGGAGCUCUUGCGAAGAAGGUGUCAGAAUUCGUGGGGACGAGAACUCCUCUACAAGUCAGGUCGCAUGCGCAGAAGUAUUUUUUGAGGCUGAACAAGAAUCGA